AUGACCUCCGCUCACUCCAAGCUCUACUCCGAUGACGUCAGCCUCGUCGUGGUGGUCGUCGACACGAACCCCUUCUUCUGGGCCGCCGCCGCGCUCCCCUUUGCCGACUUCUUCGCGCACCUGAUUCACUUCGUCAACUCGAUUCUGCUGCUGAACCACCUCAACCGUGUGGUCGUCAUUGCUGCGGGAGUCAGCUCAUGUGCCUACAUCCUGGAUUCCAGCGAUGUUAGCCCCUCCGGCGGCGUGGGCGUCUCGGACACCUUCGACAGGGCAAGCCGCAAGGCUGAGGAGUUCAUUGCACAAGACGCCCGUGCCACUGCAGGCAACGGUUCCGUUGCUUCUGCCAAUGCCGCGUCGCUGCUCUCUGGGGCGCUGUCCCUCGCUUUGUGCUAUAUACAGAGGAUUUUCCGGUCUGGGACUCGGCAUCCGCAACCUCGGAUUUUGUGCCUGCAGGGCUCUCCAGAUAGACCUGAACAAUAUGUGGCAGUGAUGAAUUCAAUAUUUUCUGCUCAACGUUCCAUGGUACCAAUUGAUUCUUGUAUUGUGGGAACCCAAGAUUCUGCUUUCUUGCAGCAGGCUUCGUACAUAACAGGAGGAGUUUAUUUGAAGCCCCAAGAACUAAAUGGUCUGUUUCAAUACCUUGCCGCUGUAUUUGCAACUGAUUUACACUCUAGAGCAUUUCUGCGCCUUCCAAAAACUCUUGGAGUGGACUUUCGUGCUUCGUGUUUCUGCCAUAAGAAGACUAUCGACAUGGGAUAUGUUUGUUCAGUUUGUUUGUCAAUAUUCUGCAAGAAUCAGAAGAAGUGUUCAACCUGCGGGUCAGAAUUCAGUCGUGUCAUGCCUGAUUUGAAUUCCAUGCCAGAUCAAAGCAAGUAG